GAGAGAGAGAGACGGAAAUUUAAAAAACAAAAAGCAUUUACGAGGUAGGAAAAAAACUUGGGAACGUUGAGCGUUUCUCUGGUUCGGGAAUAACAAAAAUUAGCUUCACGGAGAACAAAGCGAGGGUUUUGCGAAGAGCGUGAGCGAAAUCCAAGCCAUAGAAAGAUACAGAAAGUGUACCGAUAGAGAGGUACACAGAGAGGAAGCUGAGCUAAGCUGCUACUCCUUGUGAAGGCCGAGUCGGAGCUAGGGUUUCGAAUUCAUUGACCAAGGAUUGAAUCACCUUUUUCUUGGCGGUUCAGUUUCAACUUUCUCGGCAUUUCAAGGCAUUAAAAUAUCAGGUAAUUGGUGAACACUGUCCUGAGAUUUUACUGCAGUUUCCAAUGGGUAAAAAAGUGUCAGCAUGUCUCAAGGAUUUAUUUGAUGCUUGGAAACUUGGUGUUUGAAGCAGGAUGACUCUGGAGGAUUUCUUUACCUUGACUGAGAUGAAAGAUGGGCUCACUGUCCCAUCUCGAGUUGCAGAACUACUCAAUGUAAUGCAGAAGGAGAAAGAUUCUGUCAUGAAGAAUGUUGGCGAUGCAACCAGGCAGUGGGCUGCUGUUGCAAGUACUAUUGCUGCCACUGAGAAUAAAGAUUGUCUUGAUCUUUUUAUUCAGUUAGAUGGGCUUGGGUAUAUUGAUGGAUGGUUGAAGGAUACUCAAAAUUUUGGUAAUGACACAAGUGACAGCUUCGUGGAAGAGUCAAUCACUGCUCUGCUACGAGCACUUGAAAAGCUUCAAAUAGACAAUGAGAGAUCAAUAUCUUCAGGGAUUUGGAUUACUGUCAAGAAUCUUCUUGGCCACAAUAGCUCUAAGGUUCAGGAUAGAGCAAGAAUUUUAUUUGAUAGCUGGAAGCAGGGUGAGGAUUCUGAUUCAAUUCUCCAGAAUGUUGAGGAUAAAAGUAGAAGGCUUGCUGAAGAGGAUGGUGGGCAAUCUACUUUAGAUAAUCCCAUCACCAGAGGAAGUGUUAAUGAAGAAAAUAGCGUGUUCGAACAUGCCAAAGAUGAAAUUUUGCCAUUGAGAAGAUCAGAUGAGCUUCAGCCAGAAAAGAGUGAAGAUCUACACGUUCCAACUCAUAAUGAUCAGCCUGGUUCCCACAAAAAACUGGACCAUGAGGAUGCUAAAGAUGGAAAUCCUGACCCUUUAGCCUCCUUGUCAAACACACUACAAGAAAAUCCUUCUAUAAAGGAAGUAUUGCCCAUACAUGCUGCAGAAGGAACCACUUCUACUGGGGCUUGUGGGGUUCCAGUUACAAAGCAGUGCACUGAUGAUGCGGUACUUUCUGACGUUUUAAAUUUGAAUGAGCAAUCUAAAAACGAAAAGCAGGUGCACAAAUUUGAAAAUUCUUCAGAUAAGUUGGGCAUGGCUGAGAUCUCUUCUACUUCGGAUGCAUCAGAAUCUGGAGGUGCUUGUACAGGUGAUGAUGAUGCAAGUAUGCAGAAGAUUGUGAGGGAACCUGCUUUGCAGAACAGUGUUGCUGCAGGUGAGAGAGAUGUCUGUUCAAAAAUCAGUGCCGUUGGUGAUGUGAAGACACCUGCUUCUGAUUCUAAGAGUGGGUUAGAUGAUACAAGAGUUAUAAAGCAUUGCAGUGGAAACAUAUUCAAGACUACUGGUCAAGGCAGUGAAUGUUGUUCUAAUGCUCUUCAGGACUUGUCUGCCAAUGGAGGUAUUUCAGGAAAAGUUGAGGAUUUAGAUACUAGUUUCUCUAGGAUGGAAGACACUGUUGAAGCUGACGAAGAUAAGGAGCAUACAAGUGAUGAUGGCGAUGAUUUAAUGAAAGCUUCUGAUUUUCCUAAAGCAGCAAUGGAUAUCAAGAAUCCUGAUGUGAUUGACAAAAGAAGGUUCAAUAUUGAACGCGAGUAUGGCAUAGUUGAUGCCCUAGAAGUUGCUCGGCAGGUUGCUCAAGAAGUAGAGAGAGAGGUGGUGGAUUAUAGAGAACCUUUCAGCAGCUCAUCUUCGGAGAAAACAUCAGAAGGUGGAAUCAGGCAGCCAGAUAGCCCAGAGUCUAUAAAUGGAAAGCAUGAGCUCCCAAUAGAUGAACCACAAGAGGAGGUACCAACAGUACCAACUGGGCAAAGUCAUUCUGUGGAGAAAAAUCUUGAGGGGGAUGAAGGCUCAAUUAAUUCAGCUAAUCUGGACAAUGGACCAGAAAAUUCUACUCAUGAUAUGGAGUCCUCUCAGGUGACUGAAGCGGCUCAAGAACCAGAGGUUAACAUAGAGAAGGGCCCGUGUGACUUUGAUCUGAAUCAAGAAGUAUCCUCUGAUGAAACAGAUUGUCCAGUGAAUUCCUCUACACCGAUUUCUUUGGUUGCUGCUUCAAGGCCAACAGCAGUUCCUGGAUUACCUGUAGCCCCUUUGCAGUUUGAGGGGAGUCUUGGAUGGAAAGGAAGUGCUGCUACUAGCGCUUUCCGCCCAGCAUCUCCCCGCAGAAAUCUAGAUGGUGAUAGGACGACUCUUUCUAUUGGAGGAACUAAUGAUGCUUCAAAGCAGAGGCAUGAUUGCCUUGACUUUGAUUUGAAUGUGGCUGAAGGUGGAGAUGAGUUGGGAAAACAAAUUCCCGCAUCAUCUGGCCUUCCUUCUGGGGAAUCUUCAGUUGAAGUGGGCUCAAUGAGAUCAGGGAGGCUAAAGUUGGAUUUGAACUGUAUUGGUGAUGAUGGGGAUGCUCCAAUUCUGGAUACAAUUAUGGGAGAACAGCUCUUCAACAACCGCAAUAACCAUCGCAGCCCAUCCCCUGCCUCGUCAUCUUCGUCAAUGCAGCCUUUUUUGAGGAACAUUGAUUUGAAUGACAGACCUAAUAUUCACAGUGACACUUUGGAUCACGGGCCUAGCAAGUCUUCUCAAUUUGUAAAUGAGUAUGGAGGACCUAAACCAUAUGCUCCUGUUAUUUCUCUCAUGGGCACUAGAGUGGAAGUCAAUAGGAAAGAUUUCACCUCUCAAACUCCAUCUUUGCCAAAUGGCAAGUCUACAGAGCCUACAAUGGAUGCUAGCAUGACUAGAGCAGGGGGUGUUUUGGGGAUGGGUCCUACAAUGUCUUAUACCCAUUCUCCUGUUUUUGGGAACAUGGGAUUGACAACAGGACCCACCAUGUCUUUCUCCCCAGCUAUUUAUGGUGCUGCUGGCUCAAUCCCCUAUAUGAUGGAUUCUAGAGGAGCCACCGUUGUCCCACAAAUUGUGGGGUCUGCAUCAGCUGUUCCGCCUGCCUACCCACAGUCAGCAUUCAUCAUGAGCAUGAGUGGUGUACAGCAGCCAGGUAUAAGCAAUGCUGGACAGUCUCGCCCAAAUUUUGACCUGAAUACUGGGUUCAUGAUGGAGGGAGGGAAUAGAGAAUCGGGGGGUUUGAGGCAGCUUUUCAUUCCUGGUCCAGCCAGGUCUAUGGAGGAGCACCUGAGAACCAACUUACAACAACCCUCUUCAAGCUCUGGGAAUGGUGCUAAAAGAAAGGAACCAGAUAGUGCAUGGGAACCCUACCCAUUUAACUAUAAACACCAGCAGCCUCCGUGGAAAUAGAAGCGUUUUAUUUGUCUAUGCUUCUUCCUUUCUGUGAAUCAGUUCAUAAAUCCAACCAAGCAAAUUGAUGCUUCAAUGCCUCGAAUGAUCCAGAAUAUUAGGUGAGCCAUUGGCUUUAGUGGGAGGGGAAUUAUAACUGAAUAAAGCCAGGGGAAUUGUGAAUGUAAUAUGAUUCUUGCCAUUAAUUGCUGAAGGGAAAAAGUUAGGUUUAAUGUUUUAACUUUGAUUUACUCUCUUUUCUGUGUUUCAUAGAUGGCCAUCGUAGUCAUGGAAGGCUUGGUACAUUUAGCUGUAAUUUCUCUCUCUCUCUAUAUCACAGAAAUUUAUAGGAACCCUCUGUUUUUUACGUUGUUU